CUCUCUCUCUCUCUCUCUCCCUCUCUUCAGUUACUCUCGCAAAAACUCAGAGCCAAUCAUCUCUCAUUGCUCCCUCUUGUCAUAACAAAGCCCCUGUAAUUUGUUGACACAUGCAAAGCAAACAUAUCCAGUCUUUAUCAGCGAGGAAAAAAAUCAAAACCCAGAAAGGAGGAAAAAAAAAAUCAAAACCCAAAAAGCACACUGAAAAUAAAAGGAACCAACCAUUAUUCCCAUCCGUAGAUUUUAAAUAUAUACAUGCAUAUCCACACAACUAUAAAAAUGUGGUUAGAGGCCUAAUACAAAGUACCACAUUUGUAUGCCAUUUUUCCAUCAUACUCUGCCUCUUUCUUGCCUCCUUUGAACCCACACAAACAAAAACAAAAACAAAAAAAAAACAAAAAAAGAAGAAGAAGAAGAAAGAAAAAAAUGGCAUACUUCUUCCUAAUCUUUCUUUUGCCCUUGGCCAUGGCCUCCGGGGCACAUCUCCGGCCGGGUUACUACUUGGAAACGUGCCCGAAAGCCGAGUUUAUCGUCCGAGACGUCAUGAAAAAAGCUCUGAUCAGAGAACCCCGGAGCCUUGCCUCUGUCAUGCGCUUCCAAUUUCAUGAUUGCUUUGUGGAUGGUUGUGAUGCUUCCAUGUUGUUGGAUGACGCACCAAACAUGCUUGGAGAGAAACUUGCUCUCGCAAAUAUAAACUCUCUGAGAUCUUAUGAAGUCAUCGAUGAAGCCAAAGAAGCAGUUGAGAAGGCCUGCCCUGGAGUUGUUUCUUGCGCUGAUAUCUUAAUCAUGGCUGCUAGAGAUGCCGUUGCUUUGACCGGAGGACCUGACUGGCAAGUGAAGCUAGGAAGACUAGACAGCUUAUCAGCAAACCAAGAGCUAUCAAACGACAUCAUGCCAAGUCCAAGAUCCAACGCCAGUUAUCUCAUUGAUCUCUUCAAGAAAUACGACCUUUCAAUCAAGGACCUUGUUGCCCUUUCCGGGUCCCACUCGAUCGGCCAAGGCCGAUGUUUUUCGAUCAUGUUUCGACUCUACAACCAGUCCGGAACCGGCAAACCGGACCCGGAAAUUGAGCCAAAGUUCAGAGAAGAACUCAACAAGCUUUGUCCAGUAAAUGUUGACCAAAAUGUGACAGUAGAUUUGGAUGCAACACCACGGAUAUUUGAUAACCAGUACUUCAAGGACUUAGUUUCCGGAAGAGGGUUUCUGAAUUCUGAUCAAACUCUCUUCACUUUUGAAAAGACAAAGCCGUUUGUGAAGAAGUUUAGUGGGGACCAAAAACGCUUCUUUGAGGCCUUUGUUGAAGGGAUGAUAAAGAUGGGUGAUUUGCAAUCUGGGAAGCCUGGGGAGAUCAGAAGGAAUUGCAGGGUCGCCAAUAGAAGGCCACUGGAGAAACUGAGGGAGUAUUAAUGAGAAGGAAUUUACAAAACUACAUUUCAAAAGCUUAAUAUGGACCUGUUUAACAGAGUUUUUUGUUUUUUGUUUAGUAGAAGAAGUUUUUUUUUUUAGUAGAAGAAGAGAAAUAAUAUCUUUGACUUUUAGUA